AUGGCGUUACUACCCCGAGUCGCCCUGUGCUUCAUCUUGACGGUGAACGUUUUGACCGCAUUAAAUGUAUGCUGCCGAAUGCAGGAUGGGAGGAGUUGCGCCUCCACCCUAAUGAUCCACGUCAUCUGGAAAAUCAUCCUCGCCAUGGUGCUGAUGCCUACCGUGACCCUAUUCUCGUUUAUUCGAUUUGAAGAAUACAUGCACUCAUGGCCCUCAAAGUGGAUCGGAGCGAAAGUGCUCGUUUUGAUGUGGUUGUAUGCUGUAUUUUCGGUGUUUUCAAUAGUACUCCUCUCCACCCUAGCGCGCGGAAUGUGGGCCAAAAAAGCGCGGUGCCGCCGCAACAGCGUCGACAGCAAAAUUAGCAUAAUUGGAGCAACAGCCAACUCCAAUUCCGAGCUUGCCACCCUGUCUUCAGCCGAUUUGCUACCACAAGCU